AUGGCUCUUAAUAAGAAAGUAGUUGUAUCAGGGAUUUCUCUGAUACUUGUAGUGGGCGCGGUCAUCGGAGCCGUGGUGGCGAUCGUCCACUACAAUAAGAAACCUAAAGGCGAGUCCCUAACAGCGCAGCAGAAGAUGGUGACCCAAAUCUGUAACUACACCGACUUUCAACCGGAAUGCCAGAGGAGCCUCGGCCCCGUCGCACAAAACAACAGUGCAGACUACAAGGACUACGUCAAGGCCGCGCUGCUGUCCAUCUCCGAGGAGGCCAAGAAGGCCUUGAACAUGUCCGAGUCGCUCUUGGUGGAGGCCCGAAACGGCACCAGCUCCAAGAAGUCACUCGAGGAGUGCAAGGAGAUGUUGAAGGAAGCCGUGGCGGAGCUGCAGGCCGUGUUCUCGUAUGUGGGCGAUGCAGACUUGCACACCAUGGAGGACCGCGUAAUGGAGCUCAAGGUUUGGAUUGGAAGCGUCAUCAGUUACUCCACCACGUGCCUUGACAUCAUUGGAGACGACGACAACAAGAUUUUUGAGGCGUUGAAAGAUCCCAUAGGCAACGCCUCCGCCAUCACCGACAACGCUCUGGCUAUCGUGGGUGAGAUCGGCAGCAUCCUCGGACUGUUCGGAAUGAAGGUAAACGACAAGGCCUUGAGAAAUCUCGGCACUCAACGCCGACUUUUGGAAGACGAGCUUAGCAGCGACGGGAGGUCCCCGAGCUGGUUCUCGGCCUCCGACCGCAAGCUGAUGGCUUUGCAAGACAACGGAAAACUGAAGCCUCACGCAGUCGUGGCCAAGGACGGAAGCGGGAAGUACAGCAGCAUUAACGCGGCGCUUAAAGCGUACCCGUACGGACAACAAGGUCGGUACAUUAUCUACGUGAAGGCGGGAGUGUACCGGGAGUAUGUUACGGUGGACAAGAAAAUGACCAACGUAUACAUGUACGGCGAUGGGCCCAGGGCCACCCUGGUCACCGGACAAAAGAGCGAAGCUGGAACAGGAGACAAAAUCUCCACCAGCGGUACAUUCCAAGUGUUUGGGGCCGGCUUCAUUGGGAGGUCCAUGGGGUUCAGCAACACGGCGGGUCCCGAGGGAAGACCCGCCGUUGCUCUGCGUACAGUUGGUGACCAAAUCGCCUUCUUCAACUGCAGGAUCAGCGGGUACCAAGACACCCUGUACAUGCAGGCGGGACGGCAGUUCUUCCGCAACUGCGUCAUCUCAGGACACGUUGACUACAUCUUCGGGGACGCUCGGGCAUUCAUUCAGAACUCGUUGAUCAUUGUGAGGAAGUCGUCGAUCCCGGAGCAGAACCAAGUGUUCAUCACAGCUCCCGGCAGGCAGUACUCUCACGAAAUCGGUGCGAUCAUCAUCCACAACUCGAGGAUCGUGCCGGAGCAGAAGCUGCUGCCGACGAGGUUCCAAGUGAGGACAUACUUGGGGAGGCCGUGGAAGCCGUACGCCAGGGUUGUGUUCAUGGAGAGUACUUUGGCAGACUUCAUCAGGCCCGAAGGUUACAGCGCUUGGGACGGGAAGGCCGGGAACACGGAGCACGCCUUCUUCGGAGAGUACAAGAACCGCGGGCCAGGCGCCAAUCUUGCCAAGAGAGCCAAGUGGAGCGGUGGCUUCUACGGUGAAAUGGACAGGGCUACCGCGGAGAAGUUCACAGCUGGGCCAGCGCUGUUGGCUGAUCGCUGGUUGAAGUUGGCUAACAUUCCUUACAUCCCAAGCUUCAUCCGUGCUGACUCCUAA